CGCUGAUUCCACUGCUAUCAAUGCUGUCUCAGCACCCAGAGCUUCACGAUGGGAUCAAACCAGUUCGGCAGCUCCCGCUGCUCCUAUGGCCCAAAUCAUUGGUAUUGGGCCGACCUUCCAACCAACAGAGAUGGACAAGCACAACCGCUAUCUUACCGAUGCCGAACUUGACCUCUUGUUACCAAGUACUGGAUAUUUCAUCGUUCCACCACCUCCUGGCUACGCCCCUGCAUCAGCUCGUAAAUUCAUGUCGGCACCAACCCCAAUGGGUAUAACUGGAUUCCAUAUUCAAGAAGAAUCCGACGCAGCAGCUGUUGCAGCAGCAGCGGGCCUUGCUCCUGAACUUCCUACGGAGAUUCCUGGAGUCGGUACUCUCGCCUUCAUGAAACCCGAGGACGCGAACUACUUCGCCAAGAUCCUUAAGGAGGAGGACGAAUCAGAAUUGUCCGUGGAAGAACUCAAAGAACGCAAGAUCAUGCGACUUCUGCUCAAAAUAAAAAAUGGAACGCCUCCUGUUAGGAAGUCCGCCCUUCGUCAGAUCACCGACAAAGCUCGUGAAUUCGGUGCCGGUCCCCUCUUCGAUAAAAUCCUCCCCUUGCUUAUGGAACGUACUUUGGAAGACCAGGAAAGGCACUUGCUCGUAAAGGUCAUUGAUCGAGUACUCUACAAGCUUGAUGAUCUUGUUCGACCCUACGUACACAAGAUCCUAGUCGUUAUCGAGCCAUUGCUCAUCGACGAAGACUACUACGCGCGUGUCGAGGGCCGAGAGAUCAUCUCAAACCUUUCGAAAGCAGCUGGUCUUGCUCAUAUGAUUUCGACCAUGCGUCCAGAUAUCGACCACGCAGACGAAUACGUCAGGAAUACGACUGCUCGCGCCUUCUCUGUAGUUGCCUCGGCUUUGGGUAUACCUUCACUUCUCCCCUUCCUCAAGGCCGUGUGUCGAUCAAAGAAGUCAUGGCAAGCUCGACACACUGGCAUACGUAUCGUUCAACAAAUCGCCAUCAUGAUGGGUUGUGCCGUAUUGCCCCACCUUCGUAACCUCGUCGAUGCCAUUGCACACGGGUUACAGGAUGAUCAGCAAAAGGUGCGAACAAUGACUGCAUUGGCUAUUGCAGCACUGGCUGAAGCAGCGGCUCCUUAUGGCAUUGAAUCCUUCGACGAUGUUCUCAAACCACUUUGGCUUGGUAUUCGUCAACACCGUGGUAAAGGUCUCGCUGCAUUCCUCAAAGCUAUUGGCUUCAUUAUCCCCUUGAUGGACCCUGAAUUCGCAAACUAUUAUACAAAGGAAGUGACUGUCAUCCUGAUUCGCGAGUUCCAAACUUCCGACGAAGAGAUGAAGAAAAUUGUUCUCAAGGUUGUCAAGCAAUGCGCCGCAACGGAGGGUGUCACUCCUACAUACAUCAAAAACGACAUUCUACCUGAUUUCUUCAAAGCCUUCUGG